GCCUCGGGCCUCUGCGCGCUGACCCUUGCCUCCCGCGCCGGGCUCGCUUGAGGGGCGCCCCCAUCCACGGCGGCCUCCGGAGCAAGGCUCGGGGAGCCGCGGGGCAGCCAUGGCGGAGCCCGAGGCCGCGUCCGAGGAGCUGGACGCCCUCAUCCACGACCUGGACUACCUCCCCGGCCACUUCCACCUGGAGAUGCAGCUGAACUUCGAGCCACGCUCGCCGGCCUCGCUCCACGCCCGGGACCUGAAGCUGCAGCGGGACGGCCUGCGGCAGGAGCUGGUGCUGGCGGCUGCCACGCAGCGCUCCGCCGUGCGCCACCUCCUGGGCGCCUUCGCCUUCUACCUGGAGGAGCUGGACGAGGCCCGCGAGAGCUUCCUCGAGGUGGCCCGCGAGGACCCGGGCAACCUCAACGCCUGGGCCAAUCUGGCGCACGUGUACGGGCGGCUGGGGCAGAAGGAAGAGGAGGAGGCGUGCGCCGGGCGGCUGGCCGGCCUCAUGGGCCUGGCGGGGGACCGCGGGGCCGCCGGGGACCCCUUGCCCCGCGCCGCGCGCUGCCUGGCCGAGCAGGGCUACGCUCACGGCUUCGACGUGGGCUGCGCCAGCCCAGAGGAGCGGGUGCGGGUGCUGGAAGCCGGCAUCGAACUCUACGACAAGGCGCUGGGCCAGGCGCAGCAGAUCCCGAAGGAGGAAAAAAGGGGCUGGUACUUCACCAUGGCAACGCUCUUCAUCAGGUUAGAUGGCAUCUUCCUGGAGCUGGGCAGCAAGGAGCAGAAGAGGUUGCCGGCCUUCAACCGCACGCUGGCCCUGCUCCGGCAAGUCCUCAAGUCCUCGGAACCCCACCACCAAGCUCUGGCCUGGUGCUACCUUGGGAUGCUGCUGGAGAGGAAGGACACCUUCUCCAUCACCCCCAUGGGCAUCCAUGACUGCGGGUUUUCAGGGACCGACCCCCUGGACUGCUUUGGCAAGGCCAUUGAGAUUGCCAAGGACCAACCCCCCAUCCUGAAUCACCUGGCCAAAAUCUUCCACUUCCUCGGAAAGCAGGAUAUGGCCAUUGGUACCUGCAACAUGGCCCUGGACAUCCUACGAGACCCGGAGCUCAACUGGCAGGCGUACUGCACAAGGGCCAAGAUCCACGUCAGAGCCUACCUGCAUGACCUGGAGCGAAGCAAGAUGGGGCUCGGGGGCAUGCCCGACAGAAACCACCUGGCCUGUGCCAAGGCCGACCUCGAGGAGGUGGUCAAGGUGUGUCCAGGCCUCAAGACCUACCUGGACAUCGGCCAGGUCUACUACUACAUGGGCGUGGACGCUGUGCAGGAGCUGAUGGCCGUGGACGAGGCGGCGCUGAACCAGGCGCUGGUCUUCCUCGCCAAGGCCGGUGAGUCGGAGCUGGGCGCCACGCUGCCCGAGCUGCAGCUUUUGCGCGGCAAGUGCCUGCGCAUCAAAGGCGAGGAGGCCAACGCGGCGGCCUGCUUCAAGCGCGCCAUGGAGCUGGACGACGCGGGCUCCAGCCACACCGAGGGCUUCGGCUGCCUGCUCGAGACGCUGCUGGCGCAGUGGAGCCAGGCGCAGCUCAGCGACGGCGAGCUGGGCAGCGAGGUGGACGCGUGGCUGCGCUGCGCCCAGAACAAGUACCCAGCGGCGCGCCUCCGCCAGGAGCUGCAGCGCGUGUGGCGCAGCCACACGGGCGAGGUGCUGGGGCUGGCCCGGGCCUUAGUGGCGCAGGGACGGCCGGCGCUGGUGCGGCUGCUCUUCGAGACCAUGGAGCGCGAGGGCAAGGAUGCUGGCCCAUGGCGGGGCCGCCGCGCGUUCUCCUUCGGAGGUCCCUGAGGCCCCGCCCCGUUGAGGCCCCGCCCACAAGUGAUUGGACCUGGUCGGGGAGCUACACACCGGCUUUUACUGCCGUAAGCUGUAAGCUGGCGGGUAAGGGGAGCCCGUCAGAUUCUCUUUCAGGAAUUGGAAUGGAAACGUUGGGACCCUAGGACGGUUUGACGUGCCCACGGAGGCAAAAGGGCCUGAUUCAGCUGGGGCAGACGCGAGAGGCCAUUAGGAAACUGUCAAUUGAAGGACCAAAUUGUACAAAUAUGCAGAAAACAUAAUAUGGAGCCUCCCAAGAGCUACAGAAGAUAAUUGCCUCCAUUUUGGUGGCUUUCUAGUACCCAAGAGCCUGUCUUUGGAUUCCGUGAGCCAUGCUCUAUCCUUAUAAUAAGGCCUCCUUUACUUAGGUUGACUGGAGUAGGUCUCAGGCCGUGGC